UACUAAAGCUAGAAUUGACUGUAUGACGAGCGAAAUGGACAUGUGCGCUGCCGCUGGAAACACUGGAAACGACCAGUUUUCUGUUACUAAAAGCCCAAAUGACAAAAAAGAUUACAGGGUUGUAAAACUGGAGAAUGGCCUGACUGCUCUACUGAUAAAGGACGUAGACAACAAUGAUGAUGAUGGUGAUGGAGAAGAAGAUCAAGGAUUGGAGGAGGAGGAGGAGAUAGCAGAAGAUAAAGAUCAAAACUUAAAAAGAAGGAAUGUCGGAUGUUGUGGAACAGGUGAUGAGGAGAUGGCAGACGACGGAGAAGAUGAAAGCUUGAAGAGAAGGAAGGUUGAGUCUUGUGGAACAGAUGAUGAGGAGAUGGAAGAAGAAGAAGAGGAGGAGGAGGAGGGAGAUGAGGAAGAACCAGAAGGGGGAGAUGAGGAGGAAGAAGGAGAAGAGUUACCCCAAAGGAAGAAUAAAAACAAACGGUCAAAGAUGGCAGCAGCAGCUUUGUGUGUCGGUAUUGGAAGCUUUAGUGACCCUGAUGACAUUCCAGGCUUUGCUCAUUUCCUUGAACACAUGGUGUUUAUGGGGAGUGCGAAGUACCCUUGUGAGAACUCCUUUGAUGCGUUCAUCCAGAAGCAUGGCGGAAGUGAUAAUGCCGCAACAGGAUUUGAUAAGACUGUUUUUCAGUUUGAGAUUCAGAGGAAGCAUUUUCGAGAAGGAUUGGACAGGUUUGCUCAGUUCUUUACAGAGCCCCUUCUAAAGCAAGAUUCCACCGACAGAGAGCUGGAAGCUGUUGAUAGUGAAUUUCAGAUGAGUGUUCAGAAUGACUAUCAUCGUAAACAGCAGAUGAUGAGUGUUUUCUGUAAGGAAGGACAUCCAAUGGGAAAGUUCACCUGGGGUAACUCUAAAUCCUUGAAGGUUGACCCUGCAGCAAAGAAUAUCAACGUACAUGAAAGACUUAAGCAGUUCAGGAAAGACAUGUACUCUUCACAUUACAUGACGCUGGUAGUCCAAUCAAAAGAUUCUUUGGAUGAUUUAGAGCAAUGGGUUAGGGAAUCGUUCAGCAAUAUACCAAACAAUGGUUUAGAGAAGCCAUCAUUUAUUUCUUGUGGACAGCCUUUCCAACAUGAGAAAUUCCAUAAGCUUUACAAAGUUAUACCAGUUCAGGAUGAUCACACCCUUGAUCUAACAUGGUCUCUACCAUCACAGCAGAAGCAUUACAGAUGUAAACCUCUUCAUUAUCUUGGCUGGCUCCUGGGCCAUGAAGGUCAAGGAAGCAUUAUGGCUCUUCUCAAGAAACGAGCUCUUGCCUUGAGAUUGUUCUGCGGGAACUCAGAGAAUAGCACCGAACACAAUGAGACAUAUGCUGCUUUCAACUUUAAUAUCGUACUAUCAGAUGAAGGACUAAAGAGAGUUAAUGAGGUGUUGGUGAUAAUCUUUCAAUACAUCAAUAUGCUGCACAAAGAAGGUCCACAAAAGAGAAUAUUUGAUGAGAUCAAGACGGUGGGGGACAACACCUUUAGGUUCUUCUCAGAGAUGGAUCCUAUUGAUAAUGUAGAUGACAUGUCAGAGAGGAUGCAGCUCUACCCUCAGGAAUACAUCACAGGACCUCUCAUACAGACAGAAUACAAGCCUCAGGUGAUCAAGGAAUGUACCGACCACUUGUCUCCGGAGACGGCAAACAUCAUCAUUUCAUCUAAAGAGUUUGUUGGGGAGACGGAUCAGAAGGAGGAAUGGUUUGGUACAGAGUUCACCGUUCAAGACAUCCCGGAAGAGUUGAUGGCGAAUAUACGGAAUGCCGGUUUGAACCCUGAAUUGUAUCUUCCAACACCAAAUAAAUUCAUUGCAACUGAGUUUGAACUGAAGAAAGCAGACGUACCAGACACCGAUUACCCAACAUGCAUCUUGGAUAAUGGAUACAGCAAGUUAUGGUAUCGCCGUGACACAAAGUUCAACAUGCCAAGAGCAUCCAUGUACUUCCACUUGAUGACCCCGCUGGCCUACCUCUCACCUAAACAUGCCGUGACCUUUGACCUCUUUGUGUCUCUCCUGGAGCAUCAGUUGACGGAGACAGCGUACGAAGCCGAGGCGGCCGAGCUGAAUUAUACAUUGAAGGCCUUGGAGACUGGGCUGGAGAUCAGGCUUGAUGGCUUCAAUCACAAGCUUCCUCUUCUCUUUAAGACCAUCGUAGAGGCUAUGACAAACUUCAACUUCUCACAAGACAUGUUUGUAGCUGUGAAGGAGAAUCUCAAGAAUUCUUACCACAACUACAUCCUCAAACCAGCCAAGAUCUGCAGAGACCUGCGACUGUCUAUUCUCCAGAAGGUCAAGUGGACUGCAAUGGACAAGAACAGCGUCGUCCAAGCGGUCAGCUCAACAGACGUCAUGAAGAUGGCCAAAGACUUCAGAUCCAAGCUCUUCUUUGAGGCAUUAGUACAGGGAAAUUUUACCUCACAGGAGGUUAAGAUGCUGGAAGAGCACUUCCGUGAGAAGCUUUGCUUUGCAUCCAUCCCAGAGGAUGAGAGGCCGGUAACCAGGGUUCUAUGUGUUCCAGGAGGGUGCCACACACUGAGAUGGAAGGCAUAUAAUGAGUCUGAUACAAACACAGUCAUCACUAACUACUUUCAGACCGGUCCAGGCACAGUCCAGAGUUUAAGUGUUCUUGAUGCACUCGCGAUUGUUAUGGAAGAGCCAUGCUUCCAUGUUUUGAGAACACAACAACAAUUAGGGUAUACAGUGCAUGCAUCUAUGAGAAAUACCUUUGGUGUGCUAGGUUUUGCCAUUUCAGUCCACACGCAAGCAAGUAAAUUCAGUGCCAGCUAUGUGGAUGGUCGUAUGGAUGCCUUCCUGAAGACGUUCAGUGAGCAGCUUGAUGAUAUGCCUCAAGAGGACUUCAGGACUCAAAUGGACGGUCUGAUUAACAUGCUCCUUUGCGAAGACGCUUCGUUACUGGAAGAAUCGGAUAGAAACUGGGGAUAUGUCCUCAAUCAGGAAUACACAUUCGAUAGGAUUCACAGAAAGGUUGAAGUCUUGCGAUCUCUGACUCUGAGCGACAUUAAAUCCUUCUUACUGGAUCACAUACAUGAUGGUACUCACUUCCGCAAGCUGAGCGUUCAGGUCAUCGGAUACGGUGAGCACGAGAAGAACAACCCCUUGAAAUCCUCCUCCAAUGAAAACACAGACAUGGAUGACAUCGCCAUCACAUCAGCCAAUCAAAAUGGAGAUGAGAUGGAUUCAACCAAUCAGAGCUUGAUCCACACAAAGAUUGACCAAUCGGAAUCAAGAGUUGUCCCCCAGGAUGAGGGCGUGUCGGGGGCUUGUAUAACGGACAUUGGGACUUUUAAACAAGAUCUGUCACUUCUACCAGUUAGUAAGAUAGAUCAUUGAUGAAGGCCCUUUCAUGAUAGGUAGCUCCUAUUUCAUUUACAUUUGGAGAUGAAUAAAUACAUGUUUGUUCCAACUGCAACCCGUCAUAUAGUAUACAUAUACGCCCAUGACAGAAAUGCUGCCGUCCCAUGACAAAAAAGAAGCAACCCAGUGGAUUGAUUUCUCUUUAAUAGCGAAUGAGAAAAAUGUGAUAUUGUUUAAUAGGGAAAUUUAUAGAGUUACUAGCUUUUUGAAAUGUCUAUAUUUCAAAAAUAGGGGUCUGUGUGACUCUGAUUCUAAUCAUGUAGAGCAUACAGAAAAUAUCCCAAUUCAAUAAAAAGAAGUCAAUUUUGAAAAAUAGUUGCUCCUGUUUGUCACAGGAUGGCAGAAAAGCUUGGUGACAAUAUCAUUGCUAUGUGACUCUUUGACUUUGGUUUUGCUUAUUUUUAAUUACAGAUCAAGUAUGCAAUCUUUUUAUCUGGGUACAAACCAAAAAAUAGAAUAUCCCCACUUUCUCCUGACACACACAUGUAUAGUGAUGUAGGGACAUUCUUUCUUAACUAUCAUUUUUAGAUAUUUUAAAGUUACAAUUUAUGAGUUAGAUUUGUAAAGUGUUAUACUGAAUAUGUAUGAAAUAAGUUAUACCCUACAAUAUAUAUCAUGUCCUUCAGAUUAAAAUCUUAUUUCAAUUCCAGAGUAUUUAACACUGAUCAUGAUACAUCAGUUCAUAUUUAAAACCUAUCAUGAGUGAAUUCAUAAACAUGGAAACUAGGUUCUGGCCUUUGUUAUCACAAUCCUCCUGACACAUUUUGGUCAUCAUAUAAUUCAGGCU